GACAAUCACAGGGGUUUUCUCCGCCCCGUCGGUGACGGAAAACUCGUGACUCGGACCUGAGCGCGGGGCGGGCGCAAAGAAGCUGGGGGCGGAGCUGCGAGUCCGGCUCGCGAGGGAGCCCCCGACGGGCGGCGCGUGCGCAGUCUCUCUCCACGGGACCUCCUUCCCGCCGCUGACACUAGGAAGCGGGACGCGAAAUCUGUCCCCGCGCAGCCGCCGCGCAGGGCGCCGACCGGGGCGGCCGCCCUCCCCGAGGCGCGCCUGUGCACGUUCCCACGCACGCUCCGGCGUACGGCGGCGGCCAGGGGUCGCGAGCCGGUGGAGGACCCGCGCUUGGAGGACCGGGGAGUCAGCGCUUCUUCCCUCCCUCCCCCACUCCCCUCCCCGCUCCCUCCCCCUCCCCAAGAAUGUUCCGCUACGAGUCUUUAGAGGAUUGUCCUCUGGAUGAAGAUGAAGAUGCAUUUCAGGGCUUGGGAGAAGAAGAUGAAGAGAUUGAUCAAUUCAAUGAUGAUACAUUUGGGUCAGGUGCCGUUGAUGAUGAUUGGCAGGAAGCACAUGAGCGCCUGGCUGAAUUGGAAGAGAAGCUGCCAGCAGUUAAUGAACAAACAGGCAAUGGAGAAAGGGAUGAGAUGGACGUGUUGGGUGACCAUGAGGAGAAUCUGGCAGAAAGGCUCAGUAAGAUGGUGAUUGAAAAUGAGCUAGAAGAUCCAGCUAUCAUGAGGGCAGUGCAGACCAGGCCAGUUCUGCAACCCCAACCAGGAAGUCUCAAUUCCAGCAUCUGGGAUGGAUCUGAAGUUCUGAGACGAAUCCGAGGGCCGCUGAUUGCUCAGGAAAUGCCUACGGUGUCUGUAUUAGAAUAUGCCCUGCCUCAGAGGCCCCCACAGGGUCCAGAAGAUGAUCGAGACCUUUCUGAGCGCGCAUUACCACGGCGGUCAACUUCACCUAUCAUUGGGAGUCCUCCUGUUAGAGCUGUCCCCAUAGGCACCCCACCUAAGCAGAUGGCUGUACCCAGCUUCAACCAACAGAUCCUGUGUCCGAAGCCUGUCCAUGUCCGACCCCCGAUGCCACCGCGUUAUCCUGCUCCCUAUGGUGAGAGAGUGUCUCCAAACCAGCUCUGCAGUGUCCCGAAUUCUUCCCUACUCGGUCACCCUUUUCCUCCUAGUGUUCCUCCUGUUCUCAGCCCUCUCCAGAGAGCACAGCUUCUUGGAGGAGCACAGCUACCGCCUGGACGGAUGUCUCCCAGCCAGUUUGCACGGGUCCCUGGAUUUGUUGGUAGUCCGCUUGCUGCCAUGAAUCCCAAGUUGCUGCAAGGGCGAGUAGGGCAGGUGCUUCCCCCAGCACCCGGCUUCCGUGCCUUCUUUAGUGCUGCGCCCCCUGCCGCUCCGCCGCCUCCGCCCCAGCACUCCCCUGGCCCAGGGCCGCACCUGCAAAACCUAAGAUCUCAGGCCCCAAUGUUUAGACCAGACACAACUCACCUCCAUCCACAGCACCGUCGGCUCUUGCAUCAGAGACAGCAACAGAACAGAAAUCAGCAUCGCAGUCUCAAUGGCGCCGGAGACAGAGGGAGUCACCGGAGCAGUCAGGACCAUCUCCGCAAGGACCCCUAUGCCAACCUCAUGCUGCAGCGAGAGAAGGAUUGGGUCUCUAAAAUCCAGAUGAUGCAGCUGCAGAGCACUGAUCCCUACCUGGACGAUUUCUAUUACCAGAAUUACUUUGAAAAACUGGAGAAACUGUCAGCUGCUGAAGAAGUACAAGGCGAAGGCCCGAAAAAGGAGCGCACCAAGCUCAUUACCCCUCAGGUGGCCAAACUGGAGCACGCCUAUAAGCCAGUGCAGUUCGAGGGCUCUUUGGGAAAGCUUACUGUUUCUAGUGUGAAUAACCCCCGAAAAAUGAUCGAUGCCGUGGUGACAUUGCGGAGUGAGGAUGAUGAGACAAAAGAAAAGCAGGUUCGGGACAAGAGACGAAAAACCCUUGUCAUCAUUGAAAAAACGUAUAGUUUACUCCUGGAUGUGGAGGAUUAUGAAAGGCGGUAUCUCCUAAGUCUAGAAGAAGAGCGACCUGCCCUGGCGGAUGAAAGAAAGCACAAAAUUUGUAGCAUGUAUGACAACUUAAGGGGGAAAUUGCCUGGACAAGAGAGGCCAAGUGAUGACCACUUUGUACAGAUCAUGUGUAUCCGAAAAGGGAAGAGAAUGGUUGCCCGUAUUCUUCCUUUCCUCUCCACAGAGCAAGCAGCUGACAUUCUCAUGACAACAGCCAGGAAUCUCCCUUUUCUUAUCAAGAAGGAUGCACAAGAUGAGGUGCUGCCAUGCUUACUGAGUCCCUUCUCUCUGCUCCUCUAUCACCUUCCAUCAGUGACUGUCACCAGCCUUCUGCAACAGCUCAUGAACCUACCUCAGAGCACAGCUGCACCAGCACCCUCCAACCCUCACCUCGCUGCUGUGCUCCAGAACAAGUUUGGCCUGUCACUGCUCCUCGUCGUCCUGAGCCGUGGGGAAGACCUACAGAGUUCAGACCCUGCUACAGAAUCAACACAGAACAACCAGUGGACGGAGGUGAUGUUCAUGGCAACCCGAGAACUUCUGCGGAUUCCCCAAGCAGCCCUGGCCAAGCCAAUCUCUAUACCCACAAACCUGGUGUCCCUCUUUUCUCGCUAUGUUGACCGACAGAAACUGAACUUGCUGGAGACAAAGCUGCAGUCAAAGGCAGAAAUGAGACACACUUGCCGUGGUACCAUCAACCUCGCCACGGCCAACAUCACCGUGGAGGACUCCUGCAACUUCAUCAUCUCCAAUGGCGGCGCUCAGACCUACCAUCUGAAGGCAAGCUCAGAGGUGGAGCGGCAGCGCUGGGUGACGGCCCUGGAGCUGGCCAAGGCGAAGGCUGUGAAGAUGCUGGCAGAAUCGGAUGAGUCAGGAGACGAAGAGUCUGUCUCACAAACCGACAAGACGGAGCUGCAGAACACCCUGCGGACGCUGUCCAGCAAAGUGGAGGACCUGAGCACGUGCAACGACCUGAUAGCCAAGCACGGCACAGCGCUGCAGCGCUCGCUCAGCGAGCUGGAGGCCCUGCGGCUGCCCGCCGAGAGCAACGAGAAGAUCAAGCAGGUCAAUGAACGGGCCACGCUCUUUAGGAUAACAUCCAAUGCCAUGAUCAACGCCUGCAGAGAUUUCCUCAUGUUAGCCCAGACCCAUAGUAAAAAGUGGCAGAAGUCCCUUCAGUAUGAGAGAGACCAGCGUAUCCGGCUGGAGGAGACCCUGGAGCAGCUAGCGAAGCAACAUAAUCACCUGGAGAGGGCCUUCCGGGGGGCCACGGUGCUGCCAGCCAACACUCCGGGCACUGCUGGUUCUGGAAAAGAUCAGUGCUGCUCUGGCAAAGGAGACAUGAGUGAUGAAGAUGAUGAGAAUGAGUUUUUUGAUGCUCCUGAGAUCAUCACCAUGCCUGAGAAUUUGGGCCACAAACGGACUGGCAGCAACAUCAGCGGGGCCAGCAGUGACAUCAGCCUGGAUGAACAGUACAAGCAUCAGCUGGAAGAGACCAAGAAGGAAAAGAGAACUAGAAUACCAUACAAGCCAAACUACAGCCUCAAUUUAUGGAGCAUCAUGAAGAACUGCAUUGGAAAAGAACUCUCAAAGAUCCCCAUGCCGGUGAACUUUAAUGAGCCCUUAUCCAUGCUUCAGCGCCUUACUGAAGAUCUGGAAUACCAUGAGCUGUUAGACCGAGCUGCAAAAUGUGAGAACUCUCUAGAACAGCUCUGUUACGUUGCAGCUUUCACCGUGUCCUCCUACUCCACUACUGUCUUCCGUACCAGCAAGCCAUUCAACCCACUCCUUGGGGAGACUUUCGAGCUGGACCGAUUAGAGGAGAAUGGGUACCGCUCCCUCUGUGAGCAGGUGAGUCAUCAUCCUCCUGCUGCUGCACACCAUGCCGAGUCCAAAAAUGGCUGGACACUGCGUCAGGAAAUCAAGAUCACCAGCAAAUUCCGAGGCAAAUACCUCUCCAUCAUGCCCCUCGGUAGCAUCCACUGUAUUUUCCAUGCAACUGGGCACCAUUACACUUGGAAGAAGGUUACCACAACGGUGCACAACAUUAUCGUGGGCAAGUUGUGGAUAGAUCAGUCUGGUGAAAUUGAUAUUGUGAAUCACAAGACGGGAGACAAGUGCAAUCUUAAAUUUGUUCCUUAUAGCUACUUCUCUCGUGAUGUAGCAAGAAAGGUGACAGGGGAAGUGACCGAUCCAUCAGGAAAAGUUCACUUUGCCCUUCUGGGGACGUGGGAUGAGAAAAUGGAUUGUUUCAAAGUACAGCCAGUCGUUGGGGAGAAUGGAGGUGAUGCUCGGCAGAGAGGCCAUGAGGCAGAGGAAAGCAGGGUCCUGCUAUGGAAAAGGAACCCUUUACCGAAGAAUGCAGAAAACAUGUACUACUUCUCCGAGCUUGCUCUGACGCUCAACGCCUGGGAAAGCGGCACCGCCCCCACAGACAGCCGAUUGCGGCCUGACCAGAGACUGAUGGAAAACGGGCGCUGGGAUGAAGCCAAUGCUGAGAAGCAGCGCCUGGAGGAAAAGCAAAGACUUUCCAGAAAGAAGAGAGAAGCAGAAGCUAUGAAAGCCACAGAGGAUGGCACUCCCUAUGAUCCUUAUAAGGCGCUGUGGUUUGAGCGGAAGAAGGACCCUGUUACCAAGGAGCUAACCCAUAUUUAUAGGGGAGGGUACUGGGAGUGUAAAGAAAAACAGGACUGGACCUCAUGCCCAGACAUUUUCUGAAAUGGCAGCAACAAAAAGCAGGAGGAUCCAAAGGAGAAGAGGACAGAAGAUGUGCGGGAAAGCGGGCGUUUGGGACUCUGACCGAGCGCUUUCCUCCAGUUUGUCUGUCUUAACCAAUCAUUUUGUCCAAAUCAAUCACCAGAAGCAGACACCAGUGGUGGUGAUUGGCUGGUUGCCUUAGCUGAUUGAAACUGAAAUCGACUCACUAGAUCCCUGUGUUUGGGAGGGAGAGGUUUAGUGGCCGGAACGUAGUGCUGCUCCCCUUCUGCAGAGUCCGGUGGUCUUGGCUCGUCCUUUUCCCUCUGCCCCCACUUUAAGAUGAUGUCGUUCACCCUCCCCUGUAGUAUCCUGCUCAGCCAAGGUCUGUGUGAGGUGAUGAUUCAGGGGCAUUUUGGUGCUGUUCAGAGUGAGAGCUGAAUUUAGAAGCUCCUUGAACGAGGAGCACAUCAGACUUAACCAAUGGAGGCAUCGUGAAUGACCGCAGGGGAGCUUAGGCAUGGUGUCACGAAAUGGGGUCACACACGGGGUCAGUCUCAUGGGGCGUCCAUCCCGAGAUAACUACAGCGUCGGAACAAUUGCAAGGGGGCUUGUUCUGUAAGAUUGGAAUACUCAGACUGACAUUUCUUGGAAAUUUCUAUCCUCACUUGUGUAAAAUACCCUUCUGCUGUCCUCCAUGUUUGACAGCAACCGGAGGCCACUUUGGUGGUUGGUAGGAGGGUUGUGUUAUCCUCACAAGGGAGUUUUAUGGACUUCUUCAGAUGGGGGAACUUCUGAGAGCACAAGGCAGGAUGGAAAAGACUGCUAGCCACUUUGCUUUCCCAGUUCCUCCUCACCCCCAUUCUUCAUUGCCCUUCUUGCUCCUCCCUCCCUCCUCCCCCUUUCUCUCUCUCUCUCUCUCUCUCUCAGCACAAUACCAGUUUGGGUCUGUGCCCCAGUGUGGAGCAAAGCAUUACCUGUCCCAUUCUGAUAUACUUCAGAAUUUGAGAGAAGGAGUUAAUUUGAAACAAAAGUUUUCACCAUCUCUCAAGCCCCAUGGACUGGAGCCACCUCUCAAAUAAUGUGUUAAAUAUCUGUAUAUUAUAUAUAUGUAGAGAAAAUCUAAUUUUUUUGUUUGAUUUUCCUUCUUCCCAUUAAGAAUCUUGUCUUUUGAUAUCCUUUGUCCCCCUGGUACUCUCUCUUGGAUACUGAUGUGGACUGGAGCCUCCUCUGUUUUCCAUCUUUUAGGGGCAGACAGAUUCAGAACCUGAGCAGGAUCACCUCCGGCAGUUACCGAACAGGGACUCGGUCCCUCUGUAUCAUGGAGUGCCCACUGCUGUCUAAAUUCUGCUCUCCUAAUUACCUGAGUCUUGAAAAUGAAAUCCUAACUCUUUCCUGCCUUUUUUCCUUCUUUUGUUAGGAAGAGCGUGGGUAGAGAGUCAGGACAGUAGUUUCCAGUUUAAUUCUGCCUCUGGCCAAAUCCCAGCACACACAGCUGAUUCCCAAAAGACACUUCUUCCUAGGAUGUGGGGCUGAAAGUGCCAUCAAGUGGGGUGGGUAGAACUGCUCCUGUCGGGCCUGGCUUCCUUCAUUUUGUGUUCUGUAUUUGUUUUAGUUGUCUUGUUCAGAAAUCUGCCCCUGUGCAGCCCACCCUUGGUUGAGGAUCACAAACUGAGGUGCCUUCCUUGUAUGCUUUUUGUUAGUGUUUUUCGUUUCUGUUCCUUAACUGCUGAGCCUCAGCCAGUGUGGGUCCUGGGGGAAAUAUCAUUCCAGAGGAAGCCAUCCCUGCAUGGAAAUUGGAUUUAUACUGGGUAAAUUAGUACUUCUGUUCCUUCCUCGCCAUUCCUCCCUCUCUAGCUGUGAUGCACUUGAGAUACAGGCAACCGCUGGGGAGUUUCCUCCUAAGACUCCGAUUCCCAACCUAAGCGCGGGAUUGUGCUGGGGCUUCUUUCAAGGAGGCCCGCCAAGGCUGUGACCUAAUCAGGGGGCUUUAGCCAGAGCAGGAAUUCCUCAACCAAACUGAACGUCUCUGCUUUAUCCCCCACCUUUCUUCCUCCACCAUCUGCACUACAUUUCCCAGCCUGAUCCCCAGUCCGAUUCCUGCUAAUGGAGAAGCUUUGAGUCCUUCAGGUGAAAUGAAGUCACAUCAAAACAAAACUAUAUAUAUUUUCGUUUUUUUUGCCUUAUUGUUUUUUUUCCAAGAAAACUACUAAAUUAAAUAAUUUUUAAAAAGUCA